AUGCUUGCCCUCCUCGGUCUUGUUGGUUUCCUCUCCGUCGGCCUCGGCGUGAGUAUCAAUGCGAGAGAUCAGAACUUCGAAAAUGGUCAGAAACUAGAGGAUCUCGGUCAGGCUGUUAGCCAGUUCCCUCCUUCUCGCCAGACUCAGCAACAUACACAUGAUCCUACUAUUAUUCGUGUUGAUGAUGAAUAUUAUCUUUACAAUGUCGGCGAACAUAUCUUCAUCCACACUGCCCCGAGUAUGGCCGGCCCCUGGGAGCAUAUUGGCAGUGUCCUGGAUGGCAACAGUGUGAUUCCGAAGGGUGACCGAGCCGCACCUUGGGCCCCGACUGUUAUCGCCGUGGAUGGCACAUACUAUUGCUACUACAGUGUCAGCAAGGCUGGCUGCCGUGAUAGUGCCGUGGGAGUUGCUACAUCCGACUCUCCAGGCCCCGGCAACUGGUACGACCACGGGAUUGUCAUUCAGACUGGUACGGGAAAUGGCUCGGACAUUGCCCCAUACACUAUGACCAAUGCCAUUGACCCUGCUACAUUGAUUACUCCCGACGGUGACGCUUAUUUGACAUUCGGUAGCUACUGGAAUGGCAUUUUCCAAAUCCCGCUCGGACCGGAUUUGAUUUCGCCGGCUAGCACUACGGAGCCCGAUGCCCGUCAACUGGCGUGGGAGCCUAAGUCUCUCGGCAUGCCGAGCCGGUUGGCCAAUAACCUUUGUGGUGACCCGACUGGUCCUCAUGCUAUUGAGGGUGCAUUCACUUCUUACAAUGAUGGUUGGUAUUAUCUCUGGUAUAGCCAUGGUUUCUGCUGCAACUUGAAGAAAGACAACUUGCCGCCUGCUGGUCAAGAAUAUUCCAUCCGAGUCGGACGGUCUCAGAGCCCUCGUGGCCCAUUCGUUGACAGAGCUGGUACCGACCUCGUCGAGGGUGGUGGUGAAGUUGUCUAUGGCUCGAAUGGAGAUACCUACGCUCCAGGUGGCCAAGGUGUUAUCCGCGAUGGGGAUAUCGAUGUCCUCUAUUACCACUACUUGAACAAGACCGUUGGCAUUGGAUUCUCGGAUGCCUUCCUUGGCUUCAACCCUCUCGAAUAUGUAGACGGAUGGCCUAUCGCUCAGGCCUAA